GGGUCACACUAAGUACUUUAAAGAAAUGGCAGCACACAGGUUGUCACUUCUUAAUGUCGACGUUAGCUAAUCGCGAGCGUGUGUUUUAGUUUAGCUGGAAACUAAACGUGAACGGUGCUUUUGAUUUGGCCUGGAUUUGUUUCGUCUCCUGUGGGAGGAUGCGGGUUAAAGUAGCGGGCUAAUCCCGGGAGAUAACUAAUCCGAGUUAGUUAAUCCGUUCACACUUCUCUUCAACGCGGUGUCGAAGUGAAGAAGGGGAGGAGAAGAGGAAGAGGAGGAAAAAGAGGAAGAAGAGGCAGACGAGGAGGAGGAGUGUGCUGCUCCGAAAUUCGUCGAGUUAACAAAAAAAAGAGAAAAGAACGAGACAUUUCCGCUCCACAGACUGUGGGUGCUCACUUCUCCUACGGAACGCGAACACAUCGUUAAUGGAGGCUGAAGUUAUGCAGAACAAACUUUUGAGAAGUCGGUGAAGGAGCAGGGACGUGAGAGGGUCACCGCAGCAGCAGCAGCAGCGGCAGCACCGGGCACCGGCAGCUCUCUCUCCCCGGGGCAUGCAACCUCAACCCGGCUCUACCCCGAGGAAGCGACCGACACGAUGACACCCUGCGGAAGAAGGACCCGACCCAAGCUCCUCGUCCUCCUCCUCGGUGUCACUGUAGUGGGCUACCUCAUAUUAUCCAGACCGGACUCCGGGGAGGUGGGCGACACCAUCCGGCGAGGGGCCCCCGUGGUGGAGGGGAAGGAGAAGAAGGUGGUGGUGGUGGUGGGGGAGCGGCUGGGGGAUGAGGAGCUGAAGAAGCCCGUGUACGAGAAGCCUCCGCUGGACAUGGACGGCCCGGGUGAGAUGGGCAGAGCUGUCAAACUGAACCUGGACGGAGAGGAGAAGAGAAAAGAGGAGGAGAGUCUGAAAAAGCACCAGAUCAACAUUUACAUCAGUGAUAAAGUGUCACUGCACCGCCGGCUGCCGGAGAUAUGGAACCCACUGUGCAGGGACCUGAAGUAUGAUUACCGCACCCUGCCAACGACCUCGGUGGUGAUCGCCUUCUACAACGAGGCCUGGUCCACCCUGCUGAGGACAGUCCACAGCGUGCUGGAGACGUCCCCCGACAUCCUGCUGAAAGAGUUGGUGCUGGUGGACGACUACAGCGAAAAAGCUCACCUGAAGGAGCCGUUGGAAAAGUACAUCUCAGGUUUGAGGAAGGUGCGUCUGAUCCGCGCCACCAAGAGGGAGGGGUUGGUGCGGGCCCGGUUGCUAGGGGCAUCCAUUACCACGGGUGAUGUGCUGACCUACCUGGACUGCCACUGCGAGUGUCACGUGGGCUGGUUAGAGCCCCUGCUCCAAAGGAUCAAAGAGGAGCCGUCAGCUGUGGUGUGUCCUGUCAUUGACGUGAUCGACUGGAACAACUUCCAGUAUCUUGGCAACCCCGGCGAACCUCAGAUUGGGGGGUUUGAUUGGCGGUUGGUCUUCACCUGGCACACUGUCCCAGAGUCUGAGCAGAAACGCCGUAGCUCACCCACUGAUGUCAUCAGGUCUCCAACAAUGGCAGGCGGUCUGUUUGCUGUGAGCAAGAAGUACUUCCAAUACCUGGGAACGUAUGACACAGGGAUGGAGGUGUGGGGAGGAGAGAACCUGGAGUUUUCCUUCAGGAUUUGGCAGUGUGGGGGAACCCUGGAGGUCCACCCAUGCUCCCACGUGGGCCACGUGUUCCCUAAAAAGGCCCCGUACUCACGGAGCAAAGCUCUGGCAAACAGUGUGAGAGCUGCCGAGGUCUGGCUGGACAAUUUCAAAGAAGUCUACUACCAUCGAAGUCCCCACGCACGACUGGAGGCCUAUGGUGACGUGACCGAGCGGCGGAUGCUCAGAGAGAGGCUUGGCUGUAAGAACUUCAGGUGGUAUCUGGAUAACAUUUACCCCGAUAUUCACAUCCCAGAGGAUCGACCAGGCAUGUUUGGAAUGCUUAAAAACCGAGGCAAAUCCAACUGCUUUGACUACAAUCCUCUAGAUGAAAACGUCGUGGUGGGCCAGAGAGUCAUCAUGUACGAGUGUCACGGCAUGGGUCAGAACCAGUUCUUUGAAAUGUCCGAAGCUGGCGAGAUCCGCUACAACACAAGGGAGCCUGUUGGAUGCGUCCAAGGUGACAACAUCAGCACCUACCUGACUCUCCAGCCGUGCAGAAAACGAGGCCAACCGCUUCCUGUAGAUCAGAAAUUCGUCCUCCGAGAGGACGGGAGUCUGUACCACGAGGAGAGCCAGAAGUGCGUGCAGGCGGUAGACAAGACGGACAACGGGAAACCGGCCCCCUCGCUGCAGCCCUGCUCGGGCAGCCCCCACCAGCAGUGGUUCUUUCAGGAGAGAGUUUAAUGUAACGGCCAAUAUCCUGAGGAGGGAUAUCAGUGGAGUGAAUUACUGAAUGUUUUCCUCAUAUGUGUGCCUUGCCCUGAAAGGAGCCCAAAGGAGGAAGCAUCGGAGCUUCCUUCAAACAUCAACCUAUGCAUAUUUUUCUGCCGGCUGGAUUGAAUUGGUCCUUGGGAAAUUAUUUUGAUAAGUACUUUCCUUCUGAAGCACUUUUGUAAAUAUAUAUAUGGGAAUAUUUGUUUUCUUGGAUGCUGUUGCUGGGAGACAGGAGUCUACUGGAAUAUGAGGGGUUUUUUUGUGUCAAUGGGAUGUUUGAGAAUCGGUGAUAAGCUGUGCAACACAAUGACACCACAGAAUGACAUUAAUUUAGCAGACAUGGACAAACACUGUGCUUCCAUCAGAAAGGAAAAAGAAAACCUGCUUAAUACCUCUGUCCUCACACCCAUGAGUUAGUGGCUGGCAUUACAGGGAUUUUCAGAGUCCGCAUCCUGAGGCAUCUUCUCCUGUAGAGGGGGCCAAUGCACUUUGCUGCACUUUCCUCUCUCCCUGCUGUCCUUUCUAUUUGUCAAGAGAAAAGUGGGACAAAUCUUCAGGUAUUUUAGGAACCUUUUCAGGACAUUUUGAGUGCUUGCUACUCUUCCAUACAGGUGGCGUAGAAGCAUUAUGCAAGUGCUUAAACUCUUACACUUAACACCAAACUACUGAUAACAGGAGAAACUCAAUUCUUCCUCUUUUUCUGCUUCUGCUGAGGUAUUCUUGAAAUGCAAAUUUUUACCGAGGGGAAAAGGACAUGGGUCGUCGGUCAGACCUUUGUAGUCAUUCGUUUUAAAGACAGGGUACUUGCUUCUGCAGCUUCAGAAUUCAUAGCCAUAUUUUAGGGAUUUAAUUCAUGUGGUGUCAACUAUGUUUUAAAUAAUGUAUUUGGUAGAUGAGACUUUGUUAUUCCGUAGCUUCGCUGCAGACAUUUCUCGACUUUAGUGAUGAAUACGUGGGAAGAUUUUAAUUUAAUGAGUGCAGAUGCUGUUCAUCCUCAUCCUUCUUGUCCACUUGGAACCCAUUGAAAGUGCCUGACGUUAAAAGCUUAUAAUUUGAUUUUAAGACAUCCCUCUAGUUGAAUAGCUCUUGAGCUGAAUGUAUUAUUUUGUCACACGAUGAGACAAAGCGCAGUAGUUACAGUUGUGACUUUCAAGGCGUUCCCUUGAGCAAAUGCAUAUUACUCUGGUGCUGAUUCGUGCUCGCAGACUGUGUUUCCAUUCAUCAGAAUUAGACAACUAUAGAUCCCCCGGUUCGGAGCUGCGGUCACUCCUGCGACUGUCCCACAGGCCGUGCAGAGGGAAUAAGGGAAACGCAGCCGAGGAGUACACGGUUGUCGGCGGCGUCUCCAGAGUGCUGGGAUGGCAGAUGGCUUUUCUGAUUGAUUUUCUGGUCCUCUCCCAAUUCUUUAUCACCACCUCUCCCUCUCCCUGUCGGAGGUGUGCGGCGCAGGACUUAUCUUUUGGACUCCUGCCAGCCGAAUCCUCCUCCUCCUCCUCAGAGAGAGAGCGAGAGAGAGAGAGAGGGAGCACUUGUAUACUCGCAGGCUUGAGGUUUGAUUUAUGAACGGUAGUCAUCAAGUGUACAGUUUUUGACAGCAAACGCAGAUAAUGGAGGAGGCUGAAUGAAGCAAUUUGUGACCUCUUCCUUACAUUAACCUUCAGAGGAUGUCGGCUCAUCAGUCUCAUGGGAUCUCUGUUAGGAAUGGAUGUUACGGGAUGAUCGGAUAGAUUUUUUUGCUAUUGAUUUGGAAUGCACGCUCACAAUAAGAUAAAUGGGAGAUGGGGGAAAAGAUGAUUUUCCCAGUACUGCAACUGGGAGUUGAGUACAAUCAGAAUCCCUCCCUUUGCUAAGUACAAUAAAUGUAGAGUCAUAUAUUAUUGUGAAGUGUAUGCUGAGUUGUUGCAGGAACAUGUCAACACUCACAAGUCUAAAGGGACAGUAGAACAUGUGCGUUACUUACCACUCUGACUUUUAUUGCAGUGUGAAACAGUAUCAUGAGGUAAAAACACUGAGUAGGAUGAGGGCAGAGAAUAAGUCCCUGAGGAUAAAGUGGUCCAUGGCUCUGGCUUUUGCUGGCAUCAUAAGUGGUUUAUGAUUUUGGAGGCAAUGCUUGGUAAUAUAUGGAAUGGACCAAAAGACCAGUAGGAAGAUUAUGGUCAGCUCCACAAAGGGAGGGGAAGAGGCAUCUGUCUCAGGACUGCGGGUAAGGCUAAAAGGGGCCCGACUGUGCGUGGUGGCAGUGCUUGAUCUCGGUCUUAAUAGGAGAGCACCAUAUGCCCGGGGAAAGUCUUAAUAACCGGUUGUUUGAAACGAUUUCCAAGCUGUGCAUGGUCCCUGGCAAUCCUACACUCUCUCUCUAUCUCUCUCUCUGUCUGUGGCUUAGCUUUCCUUGUUUUAAGACGUGAGGAAAGCUGCUUCAGUCAAUGUCAUGCGGAGAGAUCAGUUUCACCAGGACCAAGUGAAAUAGCUCUUUUAAUACAGCGCUCAUGCUUUAUGUAUUGAACACUUAGGAAGUGACAGCGUUUCCAUCUUCUUCAGCUUGUGUCUUUACCCUGCGAGCGCAGCAUAAAUAUUCCAUCCCAUUAUUUUAAAAAAGGAGUUAUUUAUUGCUCCGCGUGGCCAUCUGUUAUUCCAGACAUGUCCUACAUACGGGAGGGGGGCAAUUUUAUUGUAUGCUAAUUUGAUAUUGUACACACAGCUGCAGUAAAAUUGGUAGUUGCCAGUCGGAGAUCGUAUCUCUCUGGCAGGUCAUAUUGUGAUUUUUAUGUCAACCAAUACUUAGUCGUAAAAGGGUGGUGAUAUUCCAGGGAUCUGACGGAGCACUUGAACUAGUAAAGUGGCUGAUUGUACUGUCACACUACACGAAUGGACCAAGCAGGGCUUGUUUUACAACUGCAUGUACAUCCUCUGUUCAAAAUCCCCAGUGGUGACAGUUUUUAUAUGAUGUAAGUGGUAAUAAUGCACAAAUACUGAUGCUGGAAUUCAACACCAUGUCCGGUGUAUCGAUGCUGUUAAUAACUCCAGUGGCCUUAUAUUGUUAUUUGGAAAGUGAAGGAUUUGAUUCGCAUUAUUUUUGUAUUUUUUUGGAUCCAAUAAAAGGGCCGUAUCUGAUGUCAAUGUACUUCUUUAAUUGUGGGUCAAAAAAAGUAAACACAUAAGCAAUGUUGAAU